AUGUUAAAGCAGUUGAGUAGAUCUUUGGGAAUACGAUCAAGCUCCACAGUUAUCGGUAUAAUUAGAUCCAACCAGAUUUGUGCACGUGCAUUUCAUGUUUCCGUUGUUAAUCAAUAUGGUAGUACUAAGGUAAAUGAACUUGGCGACAUAAAGAGCGAUAAUUUUGAGGUAAAGCAAGCUCCUAUUGUGCUUGAGCUGCCAUCAUACAAGGCAGAUAAAGUAUCAAAAGUGGAACCAUUCCAACCUGUUAAAUUUGAGGACUUUAGAGGGAAAGGAUAUAUUAAUGAUAAUAUAAUCAACUCGUUACAAAAGAACAAUUUCACAGAAUUGACACCAAUUCAACAAAAAGCUUUAAUUCCUAUUUUUAACACUGAGAAAGGUUUGGUUUGUAGAGCAAAGACAGGUACGGGUAAGACUUUAGCAUUUGCUGUGCCAACAUUGCAGCAUGCCUGUGAAAAUAAAGGUAAAGGGGUCAGCACAGUCGUUUUGGCCCCAACGCGUGAUUUGGCUUUACAAAUUGAAGAGGAAUAUCGGAAGCUUAUAUCAAAAUUGAAAUAUAACGACAGACCUUAUAUCGGAUUGUUUAUAGGAGGUCAGAGGACACUGUUUAACCCCAAGAAACCGGCAGAAAUUGUUAUUGCUACACCAGGUCGUUUGGAAAAAGAGUUACAAACGAAUCACAAACUUGAUAAAUGUUUUGAAAAUGUGACAUACCGUAUUUAUGAUGAAGCUGAUAGGUUGUUAGAUGUUGGUUUUGAGGAUGCUUUGGACAAGAUCGACGACCUUUUGUAUAAGGUAAGAAGCACUCCUAAACCGAUCAAGUCAUUAUUGUUUAGUGCAACGGUUGAUAAAUCUAUUUCUGAGUUCUCGAAAAAACAUAUUCAUCCCGAGUAUGAGUUUUUGAAUACUGUUUCCAAAGAUGAUUUAGAAAUCCCUGAGAAUAUCCAUCAACUGUUGAUUGAGUGUGCUGAUGGUAUUGAUAAAGUUAAUGCCCUUCUUCUGGAAUUGCAUGGUAUUAUGAAACAAGGAAAUAAUUACAAAGUGAUUGUGUUUUUACCCACCAAGACUGCUGUUGAUUGGUUUUAUGAGUAUAUCUCCAAUCCUUUACGUGAUGGAUCGUUUGAUUUACCUUCAAAGGGACCCAAUGUUUUCAAGUUACAUGGUGGAAGAAGUGCUCAACAACGUGCUUUCGCUUUGAAAGGAUUCAAGGUGGCAAAAAAAGCCAUUUUAAUUUCCACUGAUGUUGCUGCCAGAGGUAUCGAUAUUAAGGAUGUAACCAAUGUUGUACAAAUGUUCCCUUCUGUGGAAAUUGCUGACUAUAUCCACAAAGUUGGAAGAACGGGAAGGGCAGGAAAGAAAGGAAAGGCGGUAUUAUUUGUUACACCAACUGAACUACCAUUUGUUCUGAUAUUGAAAAGGAAGAGAAAAGUCAAUUUUCAAGAAACUAUCCAAUCUGAGAAAUUAAACAGUUCUAACAUUAUUGAACAACUUGAAUCUCCUUUAGAUGAAACAAAGGAAUUUUUGGUCACAAUGAUUAAUUAUUUGCAACAGUUGCAAAGCUCCCAUCGUCUUAAUUUUAAUCUGUUGUUGGUGGAGAAUAUGGAAUUAUACCGUAAGCUCGUUAGAGAUGAUAAUGCCGUGUUGGAAGCCACACUAUUGAGUAAAUUUGGAAAGUCUGUCAAUGCUGAUGUCAAACGUAGAUAUUUUGCAAGGUCAAAGUAUCAAAGUCGUGAUCAUGGUGAAUUUAAUUCUUAUUCUAAUUUUUCAAGAUCUGGUAUGUCAGAAAGACCCAGAAGCAAUGAUAGAAGUAGUAAAAUGACAUUUAGUGGUAGAGGCAAAUAUGGAAACAACAGAAAUAAAGAUCGGUUUCAUCAAAAUAAGAACAGAUACAAUAGUGAUAGACAAACCGAAAGAUCAUAUGACAACGACAAGAAGUUUGAUAAUGGUUGGAAAAAUGAAAGAAGAUUUGACCACAGAAGAAUUCGCGAUAAUGAAGAAUAG